AUGGCCAAACUUGACAGGUCAAAGAGAGAGAUGUCUCCGAGCGUCGGGAGGUCACACAAUACCUUUUCCAGACUCUUGCUCUUCCCAACCACAAGUGUCAUAGUUAUCACUAUACUCCUCGUGCUACCCAUUUCUUCGAUAAUCCAGCUGCGCGAAUGGUUUUCCACAACGCUGACCCCGUAUCUACCUCCACACUUACGAACACAGUUGCUGUCCACGUUGAAACCCGACUCUACAACAACAAAAGCCACUUCAUCUCCCGCAUCUGAUCCUCAAGACCUACUACAAGCAUGCCAAACCCACCAAUACAGCACAGAAAUCCUAUCUCUGGACCCGCUGUUGAUUUACAUCACCAACUUUACUUCCGUCCUCGAAGCAGAACAACUAAUCACACUCGGCUCCGCAGACUUUACCGAAUCCUUCAUCAGCCGUGGAAGUGGCACCACGCACCGCGUCAGCGGGCGCACAUCCGACUCUGCACCGCUGCCUCUCUCCCACCCGCUUGUCUCAUGCAUUCUAUCCCGCGCCCGCCGCUUCAUGGGCACCAUGCUGCUUCCGUCGGAGCCCUUCAGCAUACCACAACUCGUACGCUACGUCGCAGGGCAAAAAUUCAAUCUCCACACGGACUUCUGGGCCCAGCACCAGGUCACUGCCGUUGACCAGGAAGAAGUCGGCCGCGGUGCAGGAAAAAGAGACAUGUUUUUCAACCGCGUAGCCUCCUUCUUCGUGUUCCUACGCGAUAAUUGCACGGGCGGGUACACGUAUUUCCCGCUGAUCAAUGUCCCCGCGCAGGUGGAUUUGGAGGCGCUGUUUGAGGGCAGGGUGGAGAGGGGCGAUGUCGGGGGAGAGGAAGGGGGGGUCAAGGUUAAACCGGUACGGGGGAAUGCGCUUUUCUGGGUUAAUCUGGAUGAAGAGGGCAAGGGGGAUGGAAGGGUGGUGCAUGCGGGGUUGCCGGUGGACGAGGGAGAGAAGAUUGGGUUGAAUAUUUGGCCCAGGAAGUACUUUGGGUAUGUCGAUGGAGGAGAGGAACAGAAGAGGACCGGGUGGAGUGGGAAGUGGAAGGAUUGA